AUGCCCUCGCGGCUCCUCCGGCUAACCAUCGCCUUUGCCCUCUCGUUGGGGUCAUGCAGUUCCCUCACUUCACCUGUUGAAAGAGGCAGUAAUGCCCUUUUUGACUACAUCGUCGUCGGCGGCGGCAACGCAGGUCUUACCCUCGCAUCCCGGCUGUCUGAAAACUCAAUUGUUCGAGUCGCCGUCAUUGAGGCAGGGACAUUCUACGAACGGGUUACCGGCAAUGAGAGCAUCAUACCAGGGAAUAGAGGGCUGUAUGAAGGGAAAGCGCCGAGUAUCACGAAUCCGCUGGUAGAGUGGGGAUUUAUGAUUACGCCUCAGGCUUAUUUAAACGAGAGUCGUAUUUACAUGAAGCUCAGCGGUUGUACGGCCCUCAACGCGAUGAACUAUGAACGACCUAAUGCAGGGUCAAUGGAUCUCUGGGCCGCAAUGGUCAUCGACUCCUCCUACGCUUGGGACAAUUCACUCCAUUACUUUCAGAAAAGCAUUGAUUUUACGCCGCCAGACAUGUCAACGCGGUUCGCAAACUCCACACCCAGCUAUGAUCCGACAGUCUUAGCAAGCGGCGGUCCUCUUUCCCUCACGCACCCAAACUACGCUCAGCCUUUCAGUAGCUGGCUUGCUGAGGCCAUGCCUGAGGUCGAUAUUGGGCAUAUUCCGGGGUUUCGGAGCGGAAGGCUUACAAUGGCAGAGAGGAUAUCGUUCCAGGAAAUUGCGGCUAGAGGUGUGAUUGUCAGUGAUAUGGUCAGCAACCGAACCUUUGACCUGCUCGCUCGACGAGAAGUCAUUAUUUCUGCGGGGGCCUUCCAGUCACCUCAGAUGCUGAUGGUCUCUGGUGUCGGCCCUGCUGGCUUACUCGCAGAGCACGAGAUUCCUCUUGUAGCAGACAGACCCGGUGUUGGACAGAAUAUGCACGAUCAUGUCUUGUUUGGGGUUUCAUAUGGGGUGGAUGUCGACACCGCGUAUGCACUGGGAGAACCCGAGGCCGCCGCUGAGGCUGCAACACUCUACCACGAAGAUCAAGCAGGACCGCUGUCAAACCGCUGGAGAUUAUGCUGCCUUCGAAAGACUCCCGCCGGACUUUCGUGGUGGCUUGUCGGCCGAAGCAGAGCAAGCGACUGGCCCGGGAUACAGGGUCUCUUCCCGGCCUACGCCGGAAAUUUCUACAAUCCCUACGUCGGCGGCCCAAGGGAAGGAAACUACGUGACCCUCCUCGCAAUUCUUAUGAGCCCUCAGUCCCGCGGGAACGCUCACUCUCCUCGCCCAGUAUGCUGGAUCCCCCACUCAUUAAUCCAGCCUGACUCGCCCAUCCCGUCGACGUGGAGCUCGCUGUUGCGGCGUUCAAGCGGCUGCGGAGUAUCUUCCGUGCGCCGGUAUUGGAAGGCGCAUUGA